GACGUUUAAAAGAUAGGUUAUGUCAUUAAUAUAACCUAAAAAUAUUUUCUAUAAGAAUGUUAAUAUCUUGGAAGAAAUUCGAAAUUUUAACAAAACCCUAUUCAAGAUCGAUUGGUUAUUGGGCGUUUAGAACGUGGUACGCUAAAUUAUGGAAACGAAAACCGGGAAAUCCACCUUAUAACCAUGUUGUGCAAAUUGGAGAUCCUCGAUUAAGAGUUAAAUGUAGUCCGAUUCCUGUUGAAGAUAUUAAAUCGAACGAAAUACAAUAUUUAAUAAAACAUCUUAAACACGUUUUAAAGCGGUAUGAUUGCGUUGGCUUAUCCGCACCUCAAAUUGGUGUUGAUUUACAAGUUUUUGUUAUGGAGUUAUCCAAAAAACAAUUAAAAGAUUUUUCAGAAAGUGAAAUAAAAUCUAAGGACGUUAAAGUUUUUCCAUUAACGGUUGUUAUUAAUCCAAGUGUAAAAAUAGUUGAUUUUAAUAAAAUUGUGUUUUCGGAGAGUUGUGAGAGUGUUAAAGGAUUUUGCGGUGAUGUUCCUAGGUAUAAAUCAAUCGAAUUAACUGGGUAUAAUGAGAACGGGGAAAACCUUAAAAUGGAAGCAAACGGUUGGCUCGCAAGGAUUAUCCAGCACGAAACUGAUCAUUUAAAUGGAAAAAUUUACACUGAUAUAAUGAGUAAGGAUACUUUAGCGUGUAGUUGUUGGGAGGCUGUUAAUGAAAAUCGUGGAAAAGUUGUGUUGCCUUAUAGUCCCGAUUAAUUGUUUUUAACCUUGUAAAUAAAUAACUUGAAACAA